AUGAAGUGGAACUUAAUAGGUUUUGGGCAGAAAACCAAGAUUUACCAGAUAUGCCUUGGCCUGCUAUUGCUUAUAAUCGCUCCGAUCAACUGCAGAACAGCACAUCCUUAUCUUUCGCACUACAUUAACAAAUGGAGGCAUCAUCCGGAAUACAGAGAAAACACAAUGUUUAGCACUAAGAGCCUAAGAGAUCCGAACUUUCCUAUUGUCAUUCCAUACAAAGUCACUCAAGAACAGGUUCUAGGACUCUUGGAUCAUCAUAAUAUUUAA